AUGGCGAGCAAAGAUGGAGGUCGCGAGUUUCUCGUCCUCUUCGCGCACCACAACAUGUACUUCAACAUGCGGUUCCAGGAGCUGCAGGCGUUAGCGGCGCUGCUGGGCGUGAGCGCGCAAGAGCUCUAUGCGGAGGCGAAGCCAACAGCACUGUCCGCCUCCAUGGCAGUUUUGGUGCGACUGCCCGGUGGGGAGGCCGACGCGAAGAAGAUCUGUGAGCGGUCCGUCCUGGUCAAGGCCAUCCUCGAAGUCUGGGCCCAGGGCAGCCAAUGGACAGAAGUGGUAGAGGCCUGCCUGGCCCAAACCGAGCUUCGAAGGCAGCGCCGCCAGUACCUGGCACCGCCAAGGAGCAUCUGCCUGCGCGUUGAGUCAUUUGGCAAAACAAUGACCAUGGAGGAGAAGACGGCGGUCAUGGAGACGCUGCGUCCACUCUUCGAUGGCGACGAGGUUGUCGACCUCCGUGAUCCAGACACGACGCUGUGGGUACUGGAGGAGCAUUCGCACCGCAGCGAUGAGAAGACGCACCUGGGAAAACGGACAAGGCCGCCUCAACGAGUCGUCCUGGGUCGACAGGUCGCCGGCGGGCGAAGCACGGACAAGAAGCUGAAGAGCGGCGAGAAGUGCUUCUUCCACCGCUACGACCUCUCCAAACGCGCCGUGCUCGGUCCAACUACGCUCGACAACGAGCUGUCCUUCAUCAUGGCCAACUGUGCUGGCGUCCGGUCACGCCAGCUGGGAAUGGACCCCUUCUGUGGGACGGGCGGCCUUCUCAUCGCCAUGGCACACUUCGGCGCGAAGCUCUUCGCAGGAGAGAUCGACAUACGCGUGGUGCGCGGCUGGAGGAUCGCCUACACCAAGAACAAGGCCGCCAUGCUCGACGCCGCAAGGAGCCGCGGGCUGGCAAAAGGCCCGAUACCCGCCGCCGAUGCCACGCAAGCAGCCAACGAGUGCUCUGGCAGCUGCGACAGCGCCAGCAGCUGGAGCUUGCAGUAUCUACGGGGAUUGGGGUUGCCGCUUGCGGUGGCGGAUGGCGCAGGGGCCAGCAAGGCGCCCAAGCAGCCCAACAACCACAACGCGAAAGCCGAGAAGGAUCCGGCACUCACCAGUGCUGGAGGCUGCAAUAUCUUCACCAACUUCGUGCAGUAUGGAUUCCCAAGUCCGGAGGUCGUCGUCUGUGACAACGCCAUGCCACCGUGGCGAGGGGUGGCCAGGGGAUGGCUGGACUUCAUCAUUACCGACCCUCCCUAUGGAGUGCGAGCGGGAGCGAAGAAGUCGGGUCGAGAUGAGACGAAGAAGCAGGUUGUGAUCCAGGAUGUGAGCAACUACAUCCCCUCCAAAGUCUCUUACGGUGAGGAGGAGCUGUCUGAAGACCUCCUCACCUUUGCCGCGGCGAGCCUGGUGGACGGGGGGAAGCUCGUCUUCCUGGUCCCGGUGGACUUGGCAGACUUCUUGGGAAUCGACCGAGCGGCUGUGGAGCAGGACAACGAGGGCGCCAGGCCGAAUUUCCACGACAUCUGCCACCCGAAAGCUGGGCGGAAGAAGGAUCCCAGGCUUUGCGUCUCGGAGACCACGCGCGACCCGCUGCUCUUGGAUGAGAGCCGCUACGUCGACUUCAUUCCUCAGCACGGCUCGCUGCAGCUUCUCGGGGCCUCUCUGCAAGUUCUCAGCGGCGGCUUGGGCAGGCUUCUGGUGACCAUGCAACGGCGGCCGCGGUAG